UUUUCUACUGGAUUUCCUAGCUGUUCCACGUCCGCAAAGACCUUUAGAGCUUGGGAAUCUUUUCAGCGAGAUUUUAAAAACCCCUCAGACAUGAACAGAAUUGUUCUUGGCGUUUUGGCAGUUGGCCUUUUCUUUGCAGCUGCCCAGGCUCUGCAGUGCUACAAGUGUGACUUGGGAUUCUGGAACCUCUGCAUCACCUCAACGAUGACUUGCGCCAGUGGGGAGCAGUGUUUCAGCGGCGUUGGGAAGGCCGCACAAGUAAUUGACAUCAAGACGAAGGGGUGUCUCUCCGUUGCCCAGUGCAACCAGGUGUCUAACGUGACCUUCGGCUCGAGCAGCGUGAUCUACAGCAUGAACAAGACCUGCUGCAACACUGACCUGUGCAACGCAGCCCCUGGACAGACCAGGGCGGCCCUCCUGUCCCUCACCCUGGCCACUCUCACCGGAGUCCUUGUCACUGGCACUUUGCUGUGAGCUCAUCCAGAGCUCCGUCUACGCGCCCUUGCCAAACGUACCCUCCUCCCUCUCUCUGCGCCCCCUCCACCACCACCACCCUCUCUCCUCCACCAAUGAUGGGUUUCAUUCCUGGCAGGCAUUUAUUCUACCACUCACUCUCAACAGUUCUACCCCUGGCAACUUAAUUAGAUUUUUAAUGUAAAGUUUAAAGGCGAUAAAAAAUUUAUGGCCUCCUGUACAGUCCAAAAAAUGACUGAAGUGCGAUGCCCUUCUGUUGACCCGUGCAUACUCGAGUCCUUUCAAGAGUGUAGACACCUCGCUCACAAUAAAAAGGCCACACAAUGGUCACUUGUAUGGUCCGGACCUCUGAAUAAAUAUUUUUCCUUUUACGUGUUGGUUGCUACUGAGCUUCUUGUGUCGCCCUGUCAGGAAUAGCAGAUAAAAGACAAAGCAACACGGGUCCCAAGCAAGUCCCUUGUGGACAACGGCUGUGGCCUUUUGCAGCAUCGGUAGACAGAUAGGACCGAGAAGCUGGACCUGAUCACCUAUAAUAAAAUUCUAGUGGACGACUUGGUCUUCGGGUUUCUUGGGGCUCCUUUUCUUUUGUGCACAUUUAAACUAAACGGGUUUAGUCCACAUGGAUCGGUGCUUUCUGCCCAAUUCCUUCCAGAAGAUGUUUCACCGUUUCAGGAUCGCACCCAAACGGCGGGCGCAAUGGCGAAAUAUCGGCACUGAGCACCGAACUCGUGGAUUCAUUCAGUUUCACGUUCUUUCUUAAAUAAUGAGGCGAAAAGCUAUUUGUUUUAUUCCACACAGACUUGUGAGGAAUAUCUCUUGAAUAAUGUGACUGGAUGACAAGACGACACCUCUGAGGACAGUGCACGUGUCGUCUCGAGACAGUUGCUGGUGCAUGUAUCUAGUUGGAUUGAGGUUUUGUUCUGGGCAGGUUGCUGUGUUCAGGUCUUCGGGAAUUUAACUCGUGCAAGAAGAGACUUCAGGGACUUUUUAUACUUAACAUGAUGUUUGCUGUGAGUGGCACAUGGCGUGACUGAUUUCUUCUGUAUGAUACUCUCCUGCUUAUGAAAAAUGUCCACAUUUUAAUGGAAGUGGUAAGAUGAACAUUUUAAUGUCACUGAUUUGCUAUGUCAAAAUUUUCAAUAAAUGUGAAGACCUCUG